AUGGAAAAAUGUGGGGUUUUAUUGGAGGCAGACAAAUUAAAUGGGAAAAAAACUGGGAAACCUUUAAACCGUACGAAAAUUCUUCUCCAGCAACCGACAUUUGAUUUAACAGAAUUUACAAAAGGUUGUCAACAAGAGCUCGAAAGAGGAGAAGGUGAAUUCGGAGAAGGGAAUUUACGAGAAGAAAAUGGAGUUUUACCCGUGGAAAAAGAAGAAACGAAUGUAGGAAUAAUAUCAAACGACGUUGAUAAAAAUGACGGGGAUGAUUUGAAAGGUAGAAGAAAAAGGUUUACCCAUCAGAGAUCGAUAUCGUUAAUUAGCGAAAGUCCAUCAGGAAUCGAACAAUCAAUUGGUGAUGAUAAUGGAGAGAGAAAUUUACGUCCCAGAGGAAUGUCACUUCCUCACGGAUCCGAAGAAUCGGAAACGUCGUCAUAUCCGAAAAGAAGAAUGUCAUUCCUUCCGGGAAAUUAUUCGGGAAUAUUAAACGAAGGACUCUCUUCUUUUUACAAUCAAAUUCAAAACAUAUCCGUGCCGACGAUUAGUUUCGAUUCGAGUUCUGGAAAUUUUACCGGACGAAAAAUAAGUUUCGGACUGAGGAAAUUGUCACAAACGAAUUUACUUAAAAGUGACUCCAUGGUGUCGCUGUCAUAUCGUUCUCUUGCAACUUACAUAGAAGAUGAUAAUGUAACCGAACUAAGAAGUUUUUUAAAUGAAAAAAAAUCACAAGUUGACGAUAGGGAUGAGAAUCGGAGCACUGCUUUAAUUUAUGCUGCUACAAAAGGAAAACUUGAUUUCGUUAAAGAUCUAAUAGAUUAUGGGGCUGACGUUAACGCCGAAGACGAUGACAAUUGGACGGCUUUACUUUGUGCGGCUAAAGAAGGUUGGUAUGAUAUCUGCAAAGAAUUACUCGAUCAUGGAGCAGAUGUCGAUCACAGAGACAUGGGAAGUUGGACAGCGUUAUUAUGGGCAUCGUAUAAAGGUCAUACCCAGGUAGUGGAAUUACUUGUCGAGAGGGGAGCCGACGUGAACGCUCACGAUAAUUAUCACAUAUCUUCCAUACAUUGGGCAAGCGGACGGGGACACGCAAAUAUAGUUAAAAUAUUAUUGCAAAACUCUGCAAAAGUAAACAAGGGUGAUAAAUAUGGCACGACAGCACUCAUUUGGGCAUGUCGGAAGGGAUACGUCGAGAUCGUGGACAUGUUACUUAAAGCCGGCGCGAAUGCAGAUGCUUCGGGAAUGUAUUCGUGGACUCCACUUAUCGUAGCAGCUGCCGGCAACUACGCCGAAGUUGUAGGUUUACUACUAGAGCAUAAACCUAACGUGAAUGCUUUAGACAAAGAUGGAUAUACCGCUUUGGCAUUGGCUUGUAAAGAAGGUCAUUACGAUAUUGUUGUUGCCUUAUUAGCUGCGGGUGCCUAUAUUAAUGUACAGGAUCGGUCGGGUGAUACGAAUCUAAUUCUAGCCGUUAAAGGAGGUCAUCGGGGAGUUGUCGAAGCUUUGUUGAAGAAGUAUGUCGAUGUCGACACACCCGGAAAAGAUAAAAAGACAGCUUUGUAUACGGCAGUGGAAAAGGGGAAUGCACCCCUGGUAAAGUUAAUUUUGAGUGCUAAUCCAGACCUUGAAGUAACAACAAAAGAUGGAGAUACUGCUCUGUUGCGAGCCGUACGAUCUCGUAAUGCGGAAAUAGUUCAAUUAUUAUUAGAUAAAAAAGCCAAAGUUUCCGUCACCGAUAAGAAAGGAGAUACCGUUCUUCACAUAGCCAUGAGAGCAAGAUCUAAAAAAAUAGUGGAAAUACUUUUGCGGAAUCCGAGAAACAGUCAAUUGUUGUACAGGCCGAAUAGAAAUGGAGAAACUCCGUAUAACAUAGACAUCAAUCAGCAAAAAACAAUUUUGGGGCAAAUUUUCGGAGCUCGUCGUUUGAAUACGAACGAGGAUAAUGAAAAUAUGUUGGGCUAUGAUUUGUAUAGUAGCGCUUUGGCGGAUAUUUUAUCCGAACCAUCUCUUUCAAUGCCCAUCACCGUUGGCCUCUAUGCUAAAUGGGGUAGUGGUAAAUCCUUUUUAUUAAACAAAUUAAAAGAGGAAAUGAAAAAUUUUGCACGCCAAUGGGUAGAUCCUUCGUUUAAAUUAUCUAGUCUGUUGGUUAUCACAGUAUUUCAUUUAACUGUAGUUUUUGCAGUAAUUGUCGCUUUAGCUUCGUGUUCUUGGUUGGCCGGUGUCAUAUCGCUAACCUCUUCAUUUUUUUUUAUACUUAUAUUUUUUAUAAUUUUAUGGUGCUGUGGAAAAAGGUACGAUUGGCAAUGGCCUUACCAAGUUGGAAUUUCUGUCGCUCGUCGCAUUAAUUCUUACAGAUUAAUAAUGCAAGUAAUAUUUUGCCAUCCCCCUGGAUCUCAGUGGAAUGAUUCCAGAGUACAACCCAUUAGAUUUAAUUUUAGCGAUCACACAAAAAUUAGUUCAACUACCGACAGUGAAAAUUCCGUAGUCGUCAUGUUGGGCUCUUUGUACGAUUCUAUAGAAAAAGAUUACGGAGUUUUAUCCACGAGAAUGUACAGAGCAUUUCGUCCAAAACCUUUAAAAGCUACAGCUCCGAGACGUUGGAGAAAAGCUUGUUGUAUUCCGCAUAUUGUUAUUUUCGAAAUCGGUUUUUUUCUAUUACUUAUUGAAAUUUGUUUAUUGGCUAUUUACUUUAAUUUAUUUUCAUACGAAAGCGAUACAUCAUUAAAAAUAAUAUUAAUAGUAAUUGGAACUCUAUUGUCAAUCGGUUUAGUUGCAAAUUUGUACACAAUCGGUCAUUUGUUGGCAGUUUUAGUUUUUUCACAAAGGCGACAAUUGAGAAAGACAAUCGCACGGUUGGAAACCUUGAAAUCGGAAGGUUUUUUACAAGCCUUAAAAGGAGAAGUUACCUUAAUGUCGGAGAUGGUAAAGUGUUUGGAUAGUUUUACAAAACAACAAACGAGAUUGGUUGUUAUCGUUAAUGGAUUGGAUUCGUGCGGACAGGAUAAAGUUUUAAUGAUUUUAGAUGCAGUUCACGUUUUGUUUUCCGAUGCGGAUUCACCAUUUAUAGUCAUACUAGCCAUUGAUCCUCAUAUCGUUUCAAAGGCUGUGGAAUUAAACAGUAGAAAACUUUUAUCCGAUUCUAGCAUCGGAGGCCACGAAUACCUUCGAAAUAUGGUUCAUUUACCUUUUUAUCUUGCCAAUUCUGCCUUAAGAAAAGUUAAAAUUGCCCAAAAUGCAGCCAGCAAACGAUUAAAUCACGAAAUAACGGAGGAUUUAAGUUUUGCUGCACGACGAUUAUCUUCCGAAUCGACAUUUAAUACUAGUAUGGAAAAAUUAAAAAUACCAUCAACAAAAAGAAGUUCUAGAAAAUUAAAAUCAAGUGACAGUGUUGCCAGUAGCAUAGGUAGCAAUUUAAAUAAAAUUGGGGGGGCUCAAGAUCUGACUAAAAUGCUUCUAACGGAUGAUUAUUUCAGCGAUGUUAACCCGAGGAGUAUGCGAAGACUUCUUAACGUUGUUUACGUGACAGGUCGUUUGUUAAAAGCAUUUCAUAUGGAUUUUAAUUGGUAUCAUUUAGCCGUUUGGAUAAACAUAACCGAACAAUGGCCUUACAGAACAUCUUGGAUAAUUUGGUUUUACGAAUUAAACGAAGACACUUUGGAUGAUCAAAUAUCGUUGAAAUCAAUAUACGAUGAAGUUCGUCCGAAAAUUCCAGUCAAUAAGGAAAUGGAGCCGUUGUUAGAAAGAGAUAAAGAUGAAAAAAAAUUUGAUAUUUUUUUAUCCUAUCAUAGAAGCAAUCUUUUAUUGGGAGAUUUAAAAAUUUUCCUACCCUUCACAAUCAAUCUAGAUCCUUACAUAAAAAAAGUUAUAAAAGAAGAUGCUCAAGAAGGUAGAUGGAGUGGAUCGCCAUUUUUGAAUCAAUAUCCGAAUGCGAGGAAUCAAAAACCUCUUUGGAAGGGAAACGAUUGGGUUUUACCUAAGGAAAAUUUAAGGAUUCCCUUGAAUAGAAUGAAUAAUUAUCACUCGGCGGCCAUGCCUAUUUGUCCGGAUAUUUAUUGUCAAAGAUGUUUGGUAACGCAUCAUUCGGAGCCUUUUCCGUGUCAGGCACCGAUUUCUGCCACAACAUCUCUUCCGAGUGAAAUGUUUGAACAAAAAUUGUCUCAAAGAACGGUUGACGGGAUUUGCGACUUGAUACAAAAAAUGCAAGAUAUGGAUGCCAGUAGUGCCUCAAAAUAUAUUUCUGUGAUAAAAAGUAAUAAUAUAAAUGGAAAAGUUUUAUUACAUUGUGAUAUGGAUGAAUUAAAAAAGGUUUUGCAAAUGAAUUUUGGCGAUUGGGAAAUGUUUAAAGUAUUGAUUAUUUCUCUGAGAGAGCACGAAUUAUCUUAUGUUACUCAAACCGAAGAAGCCGGAGUUAAAAACGUUCGAUUUCUCAUAUCUAAAAACAAAUCCUUUUCUUCGGACAAAAGUCGCGAUAGUUUGAAGCCAUUAGCAGACCACGAAAAAGAUUUAAGAAGACCAUCUACGAAAUCCAUUACCGUAGAGAAUCAGGUUACUAUGGAAGAUCAAAUGAUUUGCGGUGCUCUUCAGACAUUAAACGAAGAAGCUUGCGAAGACGUACUCGGAGAAUCAGGUGAAGUAGGAGGUGAGUUACCCAAAAAAUAUGAAAAACUAAUACAAGAAGUUGCAUAUGAACCGCAUGCAGAGCUUUCGGAAUCCCCACAUGUUGUAAAUUCGAAGACUCGAAAAAAAUUAAAUAACGAUAAAACGAAAAAUUCAUCUUUGUCCGUACAAGAAAAUAAUAAUAAUAAUAAUAAUAAUAAUAAUUCAGAGGAAUCCGAUACUUCUUUCGACAAACCCAAACCCGUGAAAGGAAUUCACACCUCGGCUUUGUACCUGAGAUACCCUAAAAAAUCUAAAAAUUUAACGAAUGGAAACGAACCGUCAACGUCGAAAGAAAAACAGGUUCACUACUACAAAGAUAACGUGAUGGAUGCUCAAACUCAAACCCCUUCUUACGCGGAAAAAAAGAAAAUUGAAUCGGAUUCUUUUGUAAAACCUCCUUCGCCCGAUAACGGUUCGAAAACGGAUUCGAAUAAAUCAAACGAUUCUUUUCCACCGAAUCCUUCUCCGAAUCGGAAAAAUCUCGAUCCUGGUCAGGAUAAAUCGGAAAAUCGCGAUAAUCAAAAUAAUAAUAAUAAUAAUAAUAAAAACCAAGAUCCUUCAGAUUCGGAAUUUAUCGAUAAUAAAUCGGAAUUUCUGUGUUUUGUUCCCUUGCCGACAGUUUUUGAAAACGAUGAUAUGGGAGGAGAAAAAUGUACGAAAGACACAUCCGUUGUUUUUUUUCAACUUUCAUCGUCGGGUCGAGCACCUACUGUGGUUAACACUAUGGAAGAUAUCAGUCCUGGAAGCUCAGAAUGUGGAACUCCGAUACAACACCGUAAAACCUUUUUAAAAGGAAUGUAUUCGCGACAGGAAAGUUAUAAAGAUAAUAAUAAGGAUAGUUUAAGAGUACCCGAAAGGUCGUUUGAAAUUAAAUUAAACGAACAAUUGUUAUUAUUGGAAAAAGAGUCGGGAGAGUCUCAAUCUCCAUCGAAAAAAUUUGGAUUGUUUAGUCCGAAACACGAUGGAGAUUUUCCACGGUCUAAAACUUUGUUUCGUUUUCCCUCAUUGAAAAGACGAAGUUUUUGUGAAAAACAAAUAAAUGCUUCGCCGAGUCUUUUAAUAACUCCCGUUUCCGGUACGGAUAAAUAUCAUAAUGAAAUAGAAAUAAAACCCUUAUCCGGAAAUAAAAAAUAUGUCAAUAGAGAAACCGUUAUGGAAUUUGAUGGAAAAAUUGAUAAAAAUUAUGAUGAAAAUAUACCAUUGAUGAGGUUUCUCAGGUCUUCCGGUUCGGAUCGAUGUUUAAUACCUGAAGAAACUCAAAUUUGUUAUACUAGUAAAAAUUUUAGUGACAAUAAACAAAGUAUUUCCACUUCUUUACCAUGUAUUCCAAAAAGUAUUAGUAAAAAAAAAUUAUGA